CGCGGCGCGGGGGAGGAGGAUGAGGGGGCGCCGCGGCGGCGCUUGUGGUGCAGCCGCGCUCGUCUGACCGGGCCCCGCCGUCCCCGCCGCUUCGCCGGCGCUCUCUCCGUGCCGCCCUCCGUGCGCCCCGCACCACACCGCCGCUCGGGGCGGGGAGUCGCAGCGAGUGGAUGCCUAGCGGGCAGCCCCGGGGCAGAGACCCGCGGACGCCAUGGGCUGCUGCAGCUCCGCCGCGCACAGUUCCAAGCGAGAGUGGAAGCCUCUGGAAGACCACAGCUGCACAGAUGUACCAUGGCUGCUCUUAUUCAUCCUUUUCUGCAUAGGAAUGGGUUUUAUCUGUGGCUUUUCAAUAGCUACAGGAGCAGCUGCAAGACUGCUUUCAGGAUAUGACAGUUAUGGAAAUAUUUGUGGACAGAAAAAUGUUAAGGUGGAGGGAAUAGUCAACAGUGGUCUGGACCUCACACACAAGAAGUAUGUAUUCUUCUUGGAUCCAUGCAACAUUGAUCUAGUACAUCAGAAAAUUAAGUCUAUUGCCUUGUGUGUAUCAGCUUGCCCAAGGACAGAACUGAAAACUCUGGCUGAUGUACAGAAAUUUGCAGAAACUAAUGGAUCCACUCUGUGUAGCUAUGAACUACAGCCAGCAGAAUAUACUACAGACCCAAGGGCUGCCAAGUUAUGUCCUAAAUAUCCUGUUCCAGAGAGUGCACCUAUUCCAUUCUUCCAUCGCUGUGCUCCUGUGAACAUUUCCUGCUAUGCCAAGUUUGCAGAGGCCCUGAUCACCUUUGUCAGUGACAGUAGUGUCUUACACAGGCUGAUUAGUGGAGUUAUGACCAGCAAAGAGAUUAUAAUGGGACUUUGCUUGUUAUCACUAGUGUUGUCCAUGAUUUUGAUGGUUAUAAUAAGGUACAUUUCAAGAGUACUUGUCUGGAUUUUAACAAUUCUUGUCAUUCUGGGAUCACUUGGUGGUACAGGAGUCCUGUGGUGGCUCUAUGCUAAACAACGACUAUCUGCCAGUGCUCUUGAGACUCAAAUAGCCAAAGACAAUCUUCAGGCUCUCUUGAUCUAUGCCAUUGCAGCUACAGUCUUCACGGUUAUCUUGUUCUUAAUUAUGUUAAUUAUGCGCAAAAGAGUAGCUCUCACCAUUGCCUUGUUCCACGUGGCCGGCAAGGUCUUCAUUCACCUGCCGCUGUUAGUCUUCCAGCCAUUUUGGACAUUCUUUGUGCUUAUCCUCUUCUGGACAUACUGGAUUGCAGUCCUGCUUUUUCUUGGUACUACAGGUAGUCCUGUCCCAAAUGAAGAAGGAUUUGUUGAAUUUCAGAUGGCAGGUCCUUUGAAAUACAUGUGGUGGUACCACAUAGUGGGACUCAUCUGGAUCAGCGAGUUUAUCCUAGCCUGUCAGCAGAUGACAGUAGCAGGGGCUGUUGUGACAUACUAUUUUACAAGGGAGAAAAGAAAUCUGCCAUUUACUCCUAUUCUGGCAUCUGUUAAUCGCCUUGUUUGUUACCACCUAGGAACAGUAGCAAAGGGGUCUUUCAUUAUCACACUAGUGAAGAUACCACGAAUGAUUCUCAUGUAUAUUCACACACAACUCAAAGGAAAAGAAAAUGCUUGUGCUCGCUGUAUGCUUAAAGCCUGCAUCUGCUGCCUUUGGUGUCUAGAAAAGUGCCUGACAUACUUAAAUCAGAAUGCGUAUACAGCCACAGCUAUCAACAGCACCAAUUUCUGCACCUCAGCAAAGGAUGCCUUUGUUAUCCUAGUGGAAAAUGCUUUGCGAGUGGCUGCCAUAAACACAGUUGGGGAUUUUAUGCUGUUUCUAGGAAAGGUCCUGAUUGUCUGCAGCACAGGUUUGGCCGGCAUUAUGUUGCUGAAUUACCAACGAGAUUACACCAUCUGGGUGCUGCCACUCAUCAUUGUCUGCCUCUUUGCAUUCCUGGUUGCUCACUGCUUCCUUUCCAUUUAUGAAAUGGUUGUUGAUGUCCUUUUCUUAUGUUUUGCCAUCGAUACAAAAUACAAUGAUGGGAGCCCUGGCAGGGAAUUCUACAUGGAUAAAGUUCUCAUGGAGUUUGUGGAGAACAGUAGGAAAUCUAUGAAAGAAGCUGGCCGGGGAGGUGGAGCUGAGGGCAGAGAGCUAAAACCAAUGGUAGGUGCAGAUGAGGAGGUGGCGAUCCUCCAAGAGUUUCACUUUUACUUCUUCUCCCUCUUUGUCUUUACUGACUGCACUUCUUCAGGAGAAGUUUUUGUUCUCUGUAUCACUCAAGAUGUUCUGCUUUUUCUGUUUGUGAGCUUGCCUAUCACCUGGAUGGCAGAGUUUUUGUCACAGCUGAGACCAUCUCCUGUAAAAGCUGAUGCUGUUGAGGCCGACCAGUCAAUACCAUCAGGAGGAAAAGGACCGGACAGCCCAUCGGGUAGAACCUCUGCACACAGGCAGGGUCCCAUGCUAUGAACCCAAAGUGUUCUGCUGCGUGUCAGUGUUCUGCAGCUCCUGUGAAGGUGAGAAAAGGAUGGCUCAAAGAUCUGGACACCUGCCUGGGGCCAACACACUGCUGCUCCACCACAGACCUCCUCUGUAGCCUGGGACCUACACUUGCUCUCUUCAUGCCUCGCUUUCUUCAAGGAAGGGGAUACCAUGAAGGCCAAGUACAUUAAAGAUCAGUCGGCACUCAGAUACCGCAGGAGGAUGGAUGAAUGAAAUAGGGGCAGGUAAGGCUGUGUGUGAAAUUGGGAUCUAAAAAUACCUCUCUGCAGCUUCAAGAGGCAAUGAAUUGGGUGGAAGUUGCAACCCAUGCAAGGGAGAUUAUACAGAUGUGAACACCUCAGACUCAUUCCUCUUCUGAGAGUUAAAAUAUCUGAAAACUCAAUCCUCCACUAGAAAAUCAUCUCCAGUCCUUUACUGGGUCUUGGUAGUUCACUGUGCCUGCUUUCUGCAAGAAGAAAAAUCCACUUGUUGGAAGGGUGCUGGGUCUCUUUCAAAUCUCUCAAAAUUGCACUAUCCCUAGUGACAACAAGAAACCUAACUUUAGUACCUGGUGUUGAACAUUGCUGAAUGAAGGAAAAGCAUUUCAGAGCAUGAGUUUGCUGCCUGUUCUGAAAGGUUGGGUAGGAGGGCUGCCGAGGAGUUCUUCCUUCUUAUGGUCACAGAAGCUCUACUGCCUCCAGGCGAGGAGUAUCACAGCUUGCUUUUGAAAGCUGUGGUGUUGGAUCUGUGCAUUAUGGGACAACAUAAGGACAAGAAAACCUCAGAAGGAUUUGUAUUGCAUUGCAGCAGGAGACCAGCCUGCCAGAAGAGCAUAUGAGGUUCAUGCUGUUUAUGAUGAAGAUGAAGCUUGACAGCUUUAUAAAAAUACAAUUUUUUCCCCCAAAAGACCAGCGUAAGUGCUUGCAGGUCUGAAUUUCCCAGAAGAUGAACAGCUUGAAAAGCUAUUAAGCUUCUGGAAGAAAUAAUAAGGAAUCAAAGCUUGAAUGAAGAGUGUAGGAGAACUCUACAGUGUGUUCAUGGGCCAGGACCCCCCACCUUUCCAUAAUCACCAUCUGAACUUAGUUUAAGAAUAGCACAUAACAAGGCAAGUAAAAAGCACACAUUGAGGUUUUAAGCCACAGGGGCAAAUGAACUCUUGUUUGAAAUAAGCUAAACAUUUGAUAUGUGGUCACACACUGUGGUGGGGCUCCAGAAGGGCUCCAGCCAUGACAUGGUGAAGGAACUGGGGGGAAGGAGGGAAUGGACUGAUGACCUGCCAAGCCAGAGGCAGGACAUCAGUUGGGGUAAGUCCCAGCAAUGGGGAAACCUUGUUUGGUGUCCAGGCUGCUGUGGGCCAGCCUUCUAUUUGCAUGUACCUUGUAGCUCUGCCCACAGCCAUUAAGGUCCUGUGGAUCUUUUCCAGCUACUAUUACUGGAGGGAUCAGGGUAGAAAAGCAGUAAGUAGGGAAAAGGCAAUGGAAAAUCUAAUCUGGAAAGGGCAGUAAAGUAGCAAUGAAGUGCCAGAACUCAGAGACCCUCCUCUGAAGUGGAAAGCCCAGAGGGGAUCCAAGAACAUUAUCUAUACCAUGCUUACUGGAGGGAUGGCAGUGAAGUGUUUCUUUGCAGGGUGAGUAUUUGUGCUUGCCUUUACCAAUUACAGCUGCUGUAAUGAACACAGCUGUUGCUGGAAAUAAAAAAAAAAAAUUUAAAAAACCCAAAACUAAGUUGCUUUGGCUAGAAUUAAGCAUUUGCAUGGAAGUGUUUGGAAAAGUCCUAUGAAGACAAAUGAGCUCUUUCUGUCUGAUCAUCAUUGGAUUUGCAGCAGAAGGAGAUUUUGGAGAGACCCUCCCUUGAGUGUCUUACUUUUGCAAGGGGGAAGAGCUGUCCUUGCUGCUUGUUCUGAUACAAAAAAUGUUAAGAAGGUCUGGUAAUAAAUGAUGCAGUGUUGCAGGCUAGGACACAGAGCACCUUGGUGUGAUAGUGGUAACACAUUAGGCACGGGGUACUGAGUAUGUCACAUAUGUCCAGAUAUCCCUGUGGUGUGCUUGUGCAGGUGGAAGCUGUUAAAACUUACUAGCACUUCACACUGAAGUAGUCUACUCUUUGGAAAAAAAAAGAGCAGCUGCUCCUGAGUCAAAGGGUUAAAAUUUUUUGUAUCACAAAACCUAGACAAAUACAAAAUUUUUGUUUUCACUCUUGCAGAUGAGUCCUGCCAACUCAUUCAGCCUAAGGGCACAGCUCAGUACCAGGCACAGGCAGCAUCAUAAGCCUAAACAGCAACAGCUUCAUCUGCUAUUCUGUUCCUUCCUUUGCAGUCACAAUAAUAAAAUCCAGGGGGAAUUAAAAGUAUCCUGGCUGCAGAGCCCAUCAUCCAACCAUUGUAAUAUGACUGUGAAAUACAGAGCCACAGACUAGCAGGCACAAUUAGCUAAUAAUACCGGUGCUCCAUCAUAACCCCAUUUUAAACAGGCUGCUGAUAGAGUAAUUUUGACACCAAAAUAGCAUCACAGGAAAUGCAUAUUCACUGAAACUCAUUGUGCGUUCUAUUAAGCAAUACUACAAAGAAGCCAGCAAAUGAUUUUCACUGGGGGCUGUCAGCAGGAGCAAUUUCUCUGCUCAGACCCGUGCUGAUGAGAAAAUUUUCCAUGUCCCCUUCCCCCAAGCAGAGCCAGAAGGGCAUGGUUACACAUGCCAGCUGUGAAGGUUUUAGGCUGCCCACAGCUUCCCUCACAGACCUCAGCUGGGAGAAGCACCAUGGCUGUUCAGCAGCACAUUGGCUCUGCCAUAUCCUCCAUAAAUAACUCAGCUCAGCUCAACUCAGUGUGCAUUGAGCCAUAUUUAUUCCUGUGGGGCACUAGGCCUGUUCUUACCCCUACGCAUGAAGAUCAGGAAACCAAACCAGCCAUGCUCGACUGUUUGAGUCAGCUCCUAGAAAAUGGAGGACCAGCAGCUCAGAGCCCGUUAGGGAAUGUAAUUUAAUGCUCUUUAAUGCCCCGACAAUGUACAACUGCUUCCCACAGCAUGCAUGGAUGCACAGCACUCCCUGGGUUUGGAAGCUCCCCAGCAAUGGUGCUCUCUGUCACGGUCCUAACUGGAAACAAUGCAGCUCUCUGAAAGGAAAAGGCAACAUUUUUUUCUGCUCUAGUUUCUCCUGUAAGAACAAACUGCUCUCUUUUAUAUCUAAUCUAGGUUUUUAACAAACCAGCAAAGGGCAGUUCAUCUUAUUAGAGCCCACGACAUGAAAUCUUUCACCACAAAAAUAAUCCUAGUGCAAUGAAGUCUCCAGUCUUCAAAGGCACCUCUUGGGCCAGCUCCAGCCCUGAAAAGCCUUAUUCUGAGAUGAGAUGUGGUGCUGCAGCUGGGUGGUAUGGCUUCCAGUGACCCUUCCUGAGAUCUAUUCUCUCAGUGCCCCGCCCCCUGCCUUCUGAGCCUGCCCGGAGGGUGGACUCACAAUGUGCCAGGAUUGCUGUGAGCUUUGCCAGCCUCUUGCCUAAAGGACUGUUGCCAGCUUGAUGACUUUCUGACAGAUGUCAACCCUGUGUGCCCCACUUCUCUCCUCCUCCAAGGCAGGGCUGAUUUGUGUCAGCGUUUGUCCCCCCCACAGCCUGUGGUGCACACACCUGACAUGAUUUUUUACUGGACACAGCCAGCCUAUGAGUGCUGCCAGAAGUGUGAACAGAUGAGAAGCUCACCUCCUGACUGGCCCAGUCCAGAGCCAGAAGACUGUGCACAAAGCACUGGCAUUGACAGUACUUGACCUCCCCCAGCUCCUGUCCUUUCCUCCUCCUUAUCAGACUGCAACCCAAGGUUAUUGCUCUCUGGGAGGUAGCAGAAAAUUAGCAUUUGGGGCAAAGGUGAUCUGCUGCCUCCGAGUUUCAGUUAUAGUAAGUGUAGGACAGGAUUAUAACACCCUUUCAUGCUCCCCAGCUUCUUCUCCUUAAGGAGAUUUAUGGCUCAUCAAGCCCAAAAAGUGCUGUGGUUUUUUUCCUGCUGUGAAUCUUCUUUUGCUGUGCAGCCAGAAUUCACUGCAAGAUCUGAGAAGUUAAAGGGUCAGAUCCUUCAUCCAUUACUGCUUCCUGAAGUGGUCACACAAAUAUAUGCAACACUGCCUUCACAGAAGUGCAGAAAUGUGACUUCUAACCCUUUUAUGACUGUCUUUUUGUCCUUGAGGAUCACAUCCCUGAAUCACCUUUCUUACCUCACCUCAAUUGCUGCAGUCCUAUUUUUUUCUAUUCUUUGAACAGACAGUUGAUCUUCAUGCCACACAUAAAACUCACCCUGUGCUUUUGCUGUCCACAUGCUCAGCCACUUCCCUUCCACUUGUUUACCUUACACUGCUUGUCUUCACCUACCCAAACAUCACCCAGCUGUGCCUCUGUUCAGCUCUGCUGUUCUCUGUGAUUUUCCAAAACCAAACCUUUGGACCCAGCCUUGAGCUCUAUGUAUAAUCUAUACCUCUCCCCCACCCAGGCCUUGCCUCCAUGAUAUUUCUCUCCUCUUCCAGCUCUCCUGGAACCUGAGGUGUCCCACAGUCAUGUUUAUGCUCUGACUCUUGCUUCUGUCAUCUGGGACAAAGUUCCCCAUACUUCUCUCUCUCUCUCUCUCUUGGUUCUUUUUCAAGCUAGAUGUCAAAUUUUUUGUCUCAUAGUUUAAACAUCCUCAAGGAAAGAAAAUGGAAGCUGUGUGCAUUCUGCAGCACUGGCUUGCCCCAGUAACUUCAGUGAAGGUAGGCAAAUGGACAACAGCUUCCAAUCUCUGUCCUGCCUUUUACAGGAUCAGUCAAUGGCCGUGUAUUUCUGCUGCUAUUUUAAACUUUGAUCACCUUGCUUUGUACCUAAUGCUAGCAACAAGACACAGAUGUAUUGCUACCUCCUUGCAUGUCCAUCCUGCAGUUCCUCUCUCUGUGUAGGUGGGUCGCUGUGUAGUGCUUGGUAAACCAGGGGUCUGACUCCAAUAUAAAAUGUUAUGGUGGAAUUUCAACUGCCCUUGGCUCUGUCUGCCCCCCACUUACUUGCACUACAAGCAGAGUGGAGAGCAGAUAUGCACAAUCAAGUAUUUUUAACCAUGUCACCCUAAAAUUAUUUGAACAGGGACCCAAAGGACUUAUGCAUGGUGUGUUCUAGUUCAUUCAAGUACCGUUUAAGUGGAAUUGCUAGUUGCAGGGUCCCUCGUUGGCACAGGCAACAAGCCCAUAGAUACAAUCUGUCUACAUUUCACUCACAGAUAGAAUAGAUAGAGUCAGAUCUAAAAAACCUAAAGCUUUGUUUUAGAAUGUGUUUUGUCUUGGAUUCACUUACAAUUUAAACACUGAUUUGAAGUGCUCACUUUGAGAAGACAUGAGGAAGUUAGGCACUCCACACUGGCUCCAGUAACAUGGGGAGACUCACACUGGUUUCUGCAGGAUUUCACUGCACUUUUCAAAUGAAAACCAAGAGCGCCCUAAAUGCUUUCAGCACAUGGCACUUUUUAAUUAAAAUUUAUUUCAGUUAGUGACCUUAGCAGAGCAUAGUGCCACGUGUUGUUACCUGCUUGUCCUCUGCGAGGCCACAGCUGGCAGGUGGCACACCCUGACGACCCUGGGCACACAGACCUACAUGCAGGCUCUUCUAAUGGCGGGUGUGCCCCUGCAGCCAUCACAUGGUGUCCUCUUCUGCACGGACCCUCAGCAUCCCCAGGUGGGUGAGGGCUGUGGAGCUCAGGGCCAGAGAGGUGCCUGCAGGAGCAGGCACUGAGGGAGACUGGGGCAUGGUGGGGACAGGAAGUGCAGCGAUGGGUGCUGCUGAUACCCAGGUCUGGGGUGCUUGUGGGGGUGUGGCAGAAGCCCUGAGACAACACAGGUCACAGCAAAGUCAGAAAAAAUGCUUGCAAAUUUGCAACCUCCAUCACUUUGCCUUCUCUCUGCUCUUCAAAUCUUUUACAAAAUACUUCAAAUGUCCCCAACAACUUUAGUAAAACUCUACUUGCCUGAGCAAAACUGCAACUACUUAAAAAGAGGACGUGGCCCCACGAGGAUUCAGUAAAAAAUGCUAUAAAUUAUAAAUGCUUGUCAGUGAUCAGCAAGCUGCCUGUUUGACCAGCUGGCCAGAAAAUGGCAGGCUUUUCAAGUCAGGCACGUCCAAAUUGCAAUAGCAGCAGUCACCUGUUCCUGUGAAGGAAGGUGUACACUGUACACAGAUGCUUUCUUGAGCACUAUGACAGUCUGAUUUCCAUUUCAGGUCUCUGGCAACAGCUGCACCCUCUAGAGGAGCAUGCUGUGGAGCUUCUUCACUGGUCAGGGUGACCACCUUGGGCAUGGGAAAUCUCCAACUAAUUGCAGCAUGGUUCAUUCUCCCCCACAGAGCAGGCAGACACUGUGGGGAAGUGGAAGAGGACUGGCUAAUCUUUCUUUACUAGAAAGUGCUGAUGAUGUUCGGCUGCAGUCAUAGCUGGCUGUCCUAGGGAGGAGGAUGUGGGGCUGUCACCAGCUGCUUCUCAGGCUUUCAGACCACCCACAGCUCCCAAAAGGAGAGCCAGGAUUGCUCUUGAAAGAAGUAAGAUGAAGGUGUCUUUACAAACAGACUGUGUGAAUCUGCUUGUCGACAGGGCCAGGGAUUUGUAGGUAAGUAAGUAACAGGCGAAAUUAUCAGUUUCAGAAAAUACUACUAAUUGACAUGGACUGCUGCUCAGCCAAGGUCGUGCUAAAUUCCUGAACUUAGAGAAGAAGAACAAAGACUUAAUAGAAUAUGAAUAUCAUUUAAUAUACAAAAAGGGGGUUGUAUCUUAAGAGAGGCAUACAGUACACGGAUCAGGGAGUCCAUACCUUGCAGGUACCUUAGCCAAUGGGGAAAGGAAGAGGGUGAUGCUGCUGGGAAAUUAGGAAAAAAGGAGGCUGCAUCCUCCAACAAUUUGAGACACCCCAGGGGGAAAUGCCCCAUGGCCUCUCUCUUUGUUCAUGAAUAAAGUUACAGGAAUCCUCUGUCUCCUUUUUGGACAUAAACCUCUGGCGACGUGAUUUUUUCUGCACACUGUCCAUGUCACAGCCUCCAGCUCCGUUGUGCCCAGGCUACGGUCUCUGUGUGCACAAGAGCUUCCUCCUCUGCAAAGUUUUCAGGUGCCAGCACCCCUGUUCAAUGUUAACUGGAGGGUAAAAAUGGCAGGUCAUGGACUAUGAUUGGUGCUACAGCAAUCCUUCUAGGCACUGAUCACAGGCAGGUAACCCACUGCUCUCCUCCAGACAGGCAGACUGACAAAGACACAGUGCCAUCAGCUGGGCAUUUGCAGAGUCCGGGCCACUUUCCUGCCAAAAGGCAGGGGCUUCAUUUUGGUGACUACAAGCUUUUUGUGGCAGACAACAGUGCGUGCAGAGCAUAUGCCUGUCAUAGGUGAGGUGGGCAAGCCAGUCUGCAGCACAAAAGCAGGAUUAGAAGGUGUUGAGUAGGGCAGCACUAAUUCUUGCUAAGAAGCAGAUUUAGGGAGCCUUUUGUCCUUCAUUCCACACCUUGCCAUCCAUCAGCACUUACUUGCUACAUGAAGGCAGGCAUGGCAGCAGCAGUGCCACUGGCACUAGCAGCAGUGUGCCAUGGGGACAAAAGCCUUUGCCUGCAAUUUGAUUUGUGAACAUUUUAUAAUGAAAGGGGAGGUGCAGGCAGCAAGCUGGAUGGACAUUAUUCCUUAAGCUUUAACAGCUGGGGCACUGCAACUGACUCUGCAGCCCAGCAGAGUGCAUACAGCCUUGAAAACCUAAUUAAUUAUGCUCCUUCUCUUCCACACUGAAACUGGUCUUUCCAGUUGUGCUGGAGUAUGCCAACAUAUCUCUCCCUGGAGGUGAGAGCUCAUAUUUCCUUCUCCCCACUAAAAAUAAUAGGCAACAGCAGAGCCUUUUCACAGGUGUGCUUGCUGUAAUGCCACACGAAAAACCUCCCUUUUUCUGCUCUUUCUCUUGCUGCUGCCUCUGAUCCUCCCCAGUUUAUCUCUUCACUCUGCCUGUCUUCUUUCUGCUCCUGGAUGGCUGCAGGGCUUCUCAAAAUCUGGUUUUAAAAUAAGAAGUGACUUUUGGACUGUGUGGCUCUGGGCCAUGCCUUCAUAGGCAGUGGCUGAGGAAAUGUACUUACUCACUGCUUUUUGACAUGGUCAAAGCUUAUUCUGAUAGACACUUUGGCAUGAGAGGAGCAGCUUCAGAAACUGACAAAAUGAUGUGGUUCGAAGAACUCAGCCUUCAUCUUCAUAGAGGGAUGGCUCCUGAGCAAUAUACUUGUUUUUCACAUAAUGUACCUUCUGUUUCUUUCCAGCAGUUCUCAUGAAUUCCCUUGAGUCUGCUUUAUUUGAGGGGUGUAUAGGGGUUUAUCCUACUUAUAUUGAUAUAUCUUGUGUUCUGAAGAAUUCCCUCUGUCAGAGACGGGGAAGGAGCAGGAGGUGCAUGGGUGGGGCAGAGAAUUAAAUUCACAGUAGUUAAAUGAAAUUAAAGGCCAAAUUCUAGUCAGCUGGGUCCUUUUGAAACUUACCUCUCCCAACAGAAACAGUCAGUAUCAGGGGAACAAAAUUCACAGCAGGGCAGUGUCCCAACGAUGGCACAAGCCUGGUGAUGCGUUUUAGUACCAGCACCGUGCUGAAGGCUGCUGUAACACCGUGAAGCUGCGCUACAGCCCAGUGGCUGUUUGUGGCUGGAUUUCUGUCAAACGCCAUCAUUAUGAAAUUACUAUUUCCUUUCAACACUGCGGUGUUGGAAUUCGUUUGUUUGUUUUUUUAAAAUUUUUUUACUUUAUUUUUAGAACUUGGAUUAGUGAGCUCUGUCAUAAAGCAAAGUAAACACGUAUACACAAUACUCAGCCAUAGAAUGGCUGGGGUUGGAAGGGACCUCAAAGAUCACACGGCAGGACAGUACAGCCUCACAUGUGAUUGCAGUUGUUGCGAUCCCACAUGACACCCAGGGUAUGGGGACAGGCUCCCCACUGCGGGACACCCCGAACUUGAACCCGCCGCCCCAGCACAGCGCACUCGCGGCCCGCCCCCGCGUUGGCUGCCAGCUCCCACUGCGCAUUCCCAGCAGGCAUCCUGGACGAAGGAGGGCUUGUGCCGCCGGCGGGAGCCUGCAUCCCCGUGCUGCUCCGGGGGAAGGGCGGACCUGCCCAUCUGUCCCAAAAUGUGGAGUGUAUCAAGAUUGCCUUAAGUGAGGAUGUGCUUCAGUGUAAGAUCUUUGUAUGCUUUCAAGCCUAAUCAGCAAGAAAGGAGACGUAAUCAGUGGAACAGGGAGCGGCUAGCAUCGUCUAGUUCAGGACAUCCGGGAACUAACAAGCUGUGCAGAUGUAGUAAAUCAAGAUGUUAAUGUUACAUACAUUGAUAACUUGGCAAUACACUCAAGCUCCAUGUAUCCUAUAGCUGAACUAUGUGCAUUAUGAUACUUAAAAUCACGCCUGUAGAUAAAAAAAUCCCUGACCAGGUGAAAACUCUUCCCCUGAGCAUGCGUAGAAAUUAUCUGGGGUGUAUUAAGGUAUGGAAAUUUCCGACUAAUCGUGAUAGCGGAGCUGUACUUGAGAAGUCACUGACUCCUAACUUGUGCGUGUAAAUAAUGUAGCAGCAAGGCCGGCACGGCGCCCUCCAUCUCUGGAAUACCACGGAGCUCGCGCAGCUCUGAAAUAAACAACCAAUGCCUCUCC